CUCCUCGCCCGCAUUUCGCUCCGCGUCACCCACCCAAAACCCCCGGCAAGAACCUCGCUCUCCGUCGUCUCCGGCCAGACACCGAUGGAGGCCACUGCCGCGCCGCGCGCUCUCUCCCUCCUCGUUCCGUCGCCGCCUCCGCCGAGGCUAAACCCGUGGCGCGUAGCCGUUGGCGGAGGUGUGGGGCGGCGGGGGGCCGUGGCAGUCGGGGCAAAGAAGAGGAGGGGGAGGGGCGGGGACGGGGACGGGGAGGCGGAGGAGAGGGUGGACAAGCACAGUUUCGCGCCCAAGGACGGGGAGGCCACUGGGCCGUUUCCCGAGGCCGUCCUGCUCAGAAAGAAAAUGGUGAGGGAGGAUGGUCAAGUGUCACCUGAAUUUGCUGAUGCAGAUGAAGAAAAGCUGUAUGAGUUUCUUAACAUUCAGCUAGAGAGUGAUUUAAAUCUGAAAAGAAUGCGGCACUAUGAAGUAGUUUACCUAAUUCAUGAGGAUCGUGUCGAAGAAGUUGAAGAUCUCGUAUCAAAAGUACAAGAAUUUGUCAGAGAGAAGAAAGGAAGGAUAUGGAGACUUAACAAUUGGGGACUGCGUAGACUUGCUUACAAAAUAAAGAAAGCGACACAUGCCAACUACAUCUUAAUGAACUUCGAGAUAGAGUCAAGAUACAUCAAUGACUUCAAGACCCUGCUAGACAAGGAUGAACGAAUCAUCAGACACCUCGUUAUGAAACGAGAUGAGGCAGUUACUGAAGACUGCCCUCCCCCACCAGAGUUCCACACUCUGCGAGCUCAACAGUAUAUGAAUGAUGAAUAUGAUGAAGAUGAGGAGGAGGUGGAGGAAGAGGAGGGUGUGGAUGCUGGGAGAGAACUAGAGUCUGCUGGUUAUGAUGACGAUGAUGUUGAAGCUGGUGAUGGACCUGAAAUUAUUUUUGUUGAUGAAGCUGACCAGAAUAAGCACGAAAAUAUUAGAAGAAGGAACAGGAAGCUGAAGGUGAAGAAGUAUACAGUGGAGAAGGUAUUGAGGUAGCAUUAGUGUUUGGUUUUCAUUUAUUUAGUAGUCUAUUUUAGUUCUUAUACAAAGAACCACUUGUAUCUGUAUGAUGAGGUAACUUAGGUGUUUUUUCCGGUGCCAAGGACCACUAUUAUGAUAAUGAGAUAGGUAUAUCUGUUAUGCUGA